GCCACAGCGCUGUCCCUGACUGUGUUCUUUGGCUGCUGAUUCUGGCUGUGGGAAUGGGGAGAGAGGAAGCAUAUUUCUGUUCAGUCUCAUGGAAGUCUGGGCUGGCUGUAGUUGAGACACCAUGAUGGAUAACCGUUUUGCCACUGCUCUGGUAAUCGCCUGCGUGCUCAGCCUUAUCUCCACCAUCUACUUGGCUGCCUCAAUCGGCACAGACUUCUGGUUUGAGUACCGUAACCCAUCACUACCUGAAAAUAACAGUGAAAGUAAGGCUACUUGGGAUGAACUCUUUGGUGAAAAUGCAGACGAAAACUCUUAUACAGAAGCUCUCUUUCGAUGGAAUGGCACCAUUGGCCUUUGGCGGAGGUGUAUCACGAUGUCUGAAAACUAUUACUUCUAUAACUCACCAGGUGAGAUGGUCACAAAGUGUGUCAGUUUCUCUCUCUCGGAUCAAUUCAUGGAAAAAUAUAAGGAUCCUGGGAAUCAUAACAGUGGCAGUGACAUGAAUCGGACCUAUCUCUGGCGUUUGCAGUUCCUCCUGCCCUUUGUUAGCCUUGGACUCAUGUGUUUUGGGGCUCUUAUUGGGGUCUGUGCCUGUGCCUGUCGCAGCCUCUACCCUGCCAUUGCCACAGGAGUUCUCCACUUCCUAGCGGGUUUGUGCACGCUGGGUUCAGUUGGCUGCUAUGUAGCUGGAAUUGAGCUGCUCCACCAGAAGCUACCCCCUCCUCCUGUGCAAGGCCAGUUUGGCUGGUCCUUCUGUCUGGCCUGCGUCUCAGCACCUUUGCAGUUCAUGGCUGCUGUACUUUUCAUCUGGGCUGCACGUACCAACAGGAAGGAAUUCACACUCUUGAAAGCUUACCGUGUGGCAUAAUGAGAUUUUCAUCUUCUCCCAAGUCACUGGUUUCCAUAUUAAGGCUUCUUUUUAUCUCAUUAACCUCCUUGAUCUUCCUUUUUCUUAGCCAUAUUUACUUGUUUCACAGAAUCCAUGCUUCUUGCCAUUUGAAGUGAAGCGGCCUCUGGGUUUUAAAGUUAAAAGACUUUAGAGGCUACAUUAUCAGGAAGAGCUUUUUCUUGCCAGAAAUCUGCAGGAUUUUAACAGGUUUCUUUAUUUUUAUUUUUUAUUUUUUAUAUUUAAUUAUAAUUUUGAUGGCAUGUCUUUGUUAUAUCUUAACCUGCAAAAGCAAUUAACAGGUUAAUGUAGGAGGAGAAAGGUCUCGAUGAGACUAAUUUUGGCAGUAUAUGUAUAAUGAUCCAUUAGGAGAUAAGCCAAUGUGAUGUAUCUAUGAUCCUUCCUUAUGGAUUGCAAUAUAGUUUUGUUCCCCUCCUCCUUACAUCUGCCACUGUGUAUCCCUUUUAAUCUGAUUGUUGUAAAAUGGCUUGUAGCCAUGGGCUUUCUAAAUUUGUGAAAUGAAGUCAAAAUUGUUUUUUCUUCUCUCUCCUUGAAAAUAGGAAUUUCAGUUAUAAGGUUUACUCUCUAAUUUGACUAAUGUAUGUUGGUAUAUAACUCUAACUUUUAAAACCUUUUAUUUAUGCAAUGCA